AUGCUUGAUAACGACGAGAAUUCACCCUAUUCGAACCCCAUCGCAAGGCGUAUUAGGCAGGUAUUACUAUACUUCAACUACGAAGAGCUUUGCAGACACCCUAACAAAGAUAUUUCCUGUAUCUCGUCAAAAGCCAAUACAUCUCACGUAUUGAAUAGCAUCCUCGCUGCUUACCGUGACGAUCCUCGCUCUUCAAAAUCACCGCAGUGCCGCCGCGAUAAGAUCACAGGCUACUAUGUGCGCCGCGGCAGAUGGUGGUGGAGGCUCGCUAGUACUCUAGGAGUCGGCAUCCUUUUACUAGGCAAUACUUCUUUAAUCAAAGCUUUCGUCGCUUUCUCUCAGAAAACUCGUUUAGGGACCGUGCGUAAAUUCGAGGCGUCGGAGUCCAUGGUAAAAUCUCUUAUGCUUGGACAACUUACGUUUGAUCCUCACGAAUUUCUCUUCAAUGCUGAUGUCGGUCUUCUCCGCCCAGACGAACUAGCACGCAUUCAGAGCGAGGACGAACAAGCAUUAGCAGUUCAACUCUCACAAGAUUUAUGGGAAGAAGUUGAUGCUGAAAAGGAUGCAAUGCGUAAGAUGGCGGAUUUUCUCGGCUGGGAUUCCGACAACGUCGCACUAAUCCGACCAGAAACUCCUAAUGUCGUGAAUCCUAAAAAAGGUACUAGAUGA